AUGCGGGCGGGCGGCGGCGGGCGGCGGCGGCGGGCGGUGCUGCUGCUGGCGGCGGCGCUGGCGGCCUGUGAGGCGCCGCCGCGCGCCGCGCGGGCCCAGCGCCUCGGCGCAGGCGCGGACGCAGGGAACGGGACGAGCUGCGUCCUCUCCUCUUCGUCGGAGUUUCCCGAGGGAUUUUUUACACCGCAGGAGAGGAAGGACGGAGGAAUCGUUAUCUAUUUCAUAAUUAUACUUUACAUGUUUCUGGCGGUGUCUAUCGUGUGCGACGACUACUUCCUGCCUUCUCUGGAGAUCAUCAGCGAGUGCCUUGGCCUGUCCCAGGAUGUUGCUGGAGCAACUUUUAUGGCUGCUGGAAGCUCUGCACCAGAGCUUGUCACUGCUUUUCUAGGAGUCUUUGUGACAAAGGGAGAUAUUGGUGUUAGCACCAUCCUUGGAUCAGCAGUCUAUAAUCUUCUUGGUAUUUGUGCAGCUUGUGGGCUGUUUUCUAGUGUGGUUUCAAGGCUAUCCUGCUGGCCACUAUUUAGAGACUGUCUGGCGUAUACAGUUAGUGUAGUGGCGGUCCUUGUGAUGAUAUCGGACAACAGAAUUUACUGGUAUGAAAGUGCUUCCUUAUUAUUUAUAUAUGGAUGUUAUAUUCUGGUACUGUGUUUUGACAUUAAAAUCAGUCAAUAUAUCAUGAAGAAGUUCAGUCCCUGCUGUACAUGUUUUGCAAAAGCUAUGGAAGAGAAUGCGGAGCAGCAGCCACUAGUUGGAUGGAGGGAAGACAGCAGACCCCUAAUUCGUCAACAGUCAAGAAAAGAUAGUGGAAUUUUUCAAGAUGAGCUGGACUACUCACAACUUACAACAAGUUUGCAUGGGCUUGAUGAAAUCUCUGAAGAUCAUCCAAGCAUCUUUACCAUGCCUGAAGCAGACAUGAAGAGAAUUUUGUGGGUGUUAUCCCUUCCUGUUAUUACACUACUCUAUUUGACAAUACCAGAUUGCAGAAGACAAUUUUGGAGGAACUGGUUCAUGGUGACAUUUUUAUUUUCAGCAGCAUGGAUUUCGGCAAUGACUUAUGUUCUUGUAUGGAUGAUAACAAUAGCAGGUGAAACACUGGGAGUUCCAGAGUCAAUAAUGGGCCUCACAUUACUAGCAGCAGGAACAAGUGUACCAGAUACAGUUGCAAGUGUGCUGGUGGCUCAAAAAGGAAAUGGAGAUAUGGCUAUGUCUAACAUUGUAGGAUCCAAUGUAUUUGAUAUGCUGUGUUUGGGAAUACCCUGGUUUAUAAAAACUGCCUUCAUAAAUACAUCAGGACCCAUAGAAGUGAACAGCAGUGGUCUGACAUAUACAGCCAUUUCUCUUAUCUGCUCGGUUGUUUUUAUUUUUCUUGCAGUUCACCUGAAUGGCUGGAAAAUAGAUAAAAAACUGGGAGCAAUUUGUCUUCUACUGUACUUACUAUUUACUGUACUAUCAAUUUUAUAUGAACUUGGCAUCAUAGGGAAUAAUCCUACAAGGGUCUGUGGUAACUAGUUUUAAUCAGUGAUUAUACUGAAAAAAAAAUAAAAGCAAGAGAGAAAGUUAAGUUUCUUCAUUUAGUCAAAAAAAAUUCCAAAACUCCCAUUGGGCUCUAAAUCUUAUUUACAGAACUAUGUCAUAGCAUUAAAGUAAUAUUAAGUAGAACAAAAACAUCACAGCCUAUUUGGAGCCCUUUCUUUUAGAGUCAAGAAUUACAGUAUGACUACAAUGCAUAUAUAAAACCAAAAUCCUGAAAAAAGACAUCUAAUUUUUACAUUACAAUGUUGAUACAGGCUGGGGAAAAAAAUAAAAAUAAAAAAAAACAACCUAGGAAACACUAAACAAAUCCCACUAUGCAAUCUUGAGAUUAACAGAGAAAAUGGCUUAUUUUAUUAAAAACAGUAUAACCAUUCAUUUAAACUGAAUGACUAGAGACACUUGGCCUAAUUUUCCAAAGGCGCUGAGCAUCCAAAGCUCCCACUGUCUUAAUGGGACCUGCAGGUGGCUCAGUGCCUCUAAAAAAAAAACCAAAAAAAAAAAAAAAGAAAAAAUAAAUCAGGCAAAUUGUCUUUAAAAACCAAACAUAGUAAGAUUCAGUUAACAAGUAUCACAGUAUAUUAAACACUAUACUGUUAAAGGCUGGUGGGAUUUAAAAGUUCGUUUUUACAGCUUUUGUAAGCAUACAAUGUUACUAAAAACGACUUACUAGAAUAGAGAAGCUAAACAGACAUAGGAAUGUUCCUGAAUACAUAGUUUUAAAUUAUGCAUUGCGAUCCAAGCGUACAUCAAUUUCUCUGCCACUGAUUUUUAUGCCAUUCAUUAUUCUACAGGCUUUUUCAGCAGAUUCUGGUGAGUCAAAUCUGACUGUUCCACAGCCUUUUGAUUUUCCGUUCUCCAUUUUUAUUUCUGCAAACAUUACAUGACCUGAGUAAAUAAGUUAAACAGCAGUUACUUUAAGUCUUCAAUACUCUAACAACUUAAAGAACUAAUUAAAAAUGAUCAGGAAACGCUUUUUAUAUUUUCAAAUAUAAUACAUGGAGACAUACAAAAUUAGUACUUUCAGACUGAUGACCACUUAGAGAAGGUGACAUUGGUCAAAAGAGCAGUGAAGAAUCCAAAUCAAGACCCAUUGUUUCAAGUCUUUCUUUUCUAGUAAGAUGAAGUAUGGUCAUAUUUGACCUCAAGUUUGGAGGGAAAAAAAUAAAGUGUCCUAUUAGACUAAGUUUCACAUUUAUUCAGCCACUCUGCCAAAAUGUGACUAUUAAGAUCCAUUAGCUGAAUUAUAGUUCGAUCUAAUCCACCAUGUUCACUACAGCAUGACAAUCACAAUAACAUACCAAGUAAUCACAGCAAUCAAGUAAUUUUGUCAGGAAGUUGCAUACCAAGAAUAGAGACUGAAAAAUAGUAGUUACCACUUAAGUGUGGAGGGAAAGCAGCAUGCAAAGCCCAAUUCCUUUCUCUGUUCUCUCCAAGAUGGACACUAUUUACUCAUAAGGCAACAUUUUUAUACAGACACCUUCAUACCACAGAAAACAUUCAGGGUUGGAGCUAAUGAAUUUUUUAUUAAGAUAGUUUGUAGCACACCAUUCCUGAGCCCCAAAAUGCUAGUAAGACCAAGCAAAUCUCCCUAGAAUACAUACUUUUUAAGUGUCAUAUAAUAAAAGACUGGCCUUUCACUGAAAAAAAUUUGAGCACCGGGAGACGUAUUCUUUAUAGCCCCUAAUGAUACUGACAUGCAAGCAAUCUGUUGCUUGUUCUUGUGCUCAUCAUUCUUAAAAAUCAUUUAACAUAAUUACUACAUCUGUUCGUUGCUGAGGAGAUUAUUAUAAAAAUAUCUGAACUCUCUCCAAAGGUGGUCCAUACAAUUAAAACUUUAAAUAAAGAGGGCCUGUUUAGCUAUUUCUAGAAAACAAUAACCCCUCAAUAAGCAUAUUAUGAAAAGCUUGGUGCUAACAGGAUAUCCAUAGCUUCACAAAAAUGCAGAUAUUCAACAUAUAUCACUUGAUAGUACAACUGUACAUGCAUAAGAAGUUGUGUUUCUUUAAGAAUGUGUUUUUAAAUACUUUUUACCUAAAAAUGGCAAAGAGCUGCCAUUUUUAGUAGCUCUACAGAAGAAUGUUAUUUUCACGUGUCUAUCCAUAUUAAGUUAGGGCAGGGAAAAAAACACGCAGAAUAACUUCUGAAAAUUUCUGAAGCAAAAUCAAAGAUGAACAGUGUCUUACUGGUUUCAUAGAUGAGCUUGUUAAUCAAGCAUGAGUUAAAACACUGAACAUGAGUUACGGGCCAGCCUUUUUUUGUUUGUUUGUUUGUUUUGAGAGUUUAUGUAGAGCUUUAGUUGAGUGGAAUUCUUAGCAUGGGACUAGGAUAGAGACCUGCAUCUCUGAGAAAUUACAUUAAUAGCAACAUAGCCCUGAAGGCAGUAAAAGAGGGAAUUUCACUCUGGAAAGAUGGUACUCUAGAUUUGGCUAUAAUUCAGCAACAAAAGCUUUCAGUCCUUGAAUACAUGCAUCCUUUAAGUUCCUCCAGCUACAGAGCAUCUGAACACCUGAAAGUCAGUGUAGUUUAACUGCAAGUUCUCACUUAUACCAAAUUUGCAAAUAGUUAUGUGAAGACUGUCUUUACUAUUAGAUACCACUACUAUGUUUUUCCUUUCCUAUCUAUCCAAAAUAAGCAAAGCUGUCCUGUAAGACAGUUAAAACUUUCCAUUCUGAAAGUGAGUUUUGAAGAGAACAGUCAUUUAUUUCUACAUCCCAGCUUCACUUUGCAUUCAUUUCUGUAAUUUAGAAAACUUGUCUUUCUACAGAAAUUAGAGAAUUACUGGAUAUUCAAAAGAUCUUAUAUCUUACAUAAAAAGAGAUACUAUUUUUUAAUGAAAAGGGAAGCAUUACAGCCUGCAAAUACACUAAUCAGGAUCACUUACCUUCAUAAAAAUAUAUUUGCCACUUUGGUAAAAUUACUGACCGCCUCAAUGCAGUACCAUUUCUGCAAGGGAUGUAUAACCUGGAUGAGGGCCACAACCCCUCAGGCAUUUGACUCAAAAUAAGCACAUUGUUAUAGGCUAGGUAUCAGCCAAAGGAUACAUAACACCUGUUUCAAAAAACAAUCAAAAAACACCUCAGAAGGAAAUUUUAUUAAUGAAAUGGAUUAAAGCUUGGCUCUGAGUGCUCAGAUGUUACAACAUAGGCCAUAUUGUACCUUGGUUUCAGGUUGCAGAAUCAUGUUUAAGACAUGGGUAAAAAUUAUUUAUAUAACUCUCAGGAAAGCAAAAAAAAAGAUUAGGCUAGUCAAACUCUUCUUUAGGAUAAGGCAACAACUUCAUCCUGCUGUGCUCAUCUAAGACACAUCAUAUAGACCAUGAUGUCAGUGGAGCUUAGUACAAAUGAGAUUCACAUACAUACCACAUUGACUGAAUUUCUCCUUUAGCUUCUGCCAAGUCAAGUCAAAAGGAAGCUAGAAUAAGAAGGGUAUUAACAACAUUACGUGCUGUUCCUCUCUAUGUAAUAUUUAAUCAAACAUGCACUCAAAAUAAGCUAAUGCUUUCUGUGUAUCCAAAUGCUUACAUUUCUGACAAAUAUCUGGUUGCCUUUAGAGCCUAAUCUCUCUCUCAUGCCACCUCCCAUUGGGCCAGCCAUAAAUCCUCGAUCCAUAUCGAUGUUCCUGUCCAGGCCUCCACCCAUAGCUGGUCGUAUUCGAUCAAAACCAGAACUCAUCCGAUCCAUCCCUACUCCCAUUCCGCCAGGCAUACUGCUCAUACCACCCAUUCCAACACCUACAUAGAGAAAGAAAAGGAGAAUUAACAAAAAAAAAAAAAACCAAAAAAAUACAGUAAUAAAUACACAAGUACCUUGUAAAAAUUAAAAUUCUUUUGUCAGGAGAAAAAAAAAUCUUAAUAAAACUGAUGCAAUACAGAGCAUAACUUCAUACAUGCAGUGAUUCAUACCUAAUAUUAAGUGUUAGAAGAUACAACAUGUUAGUUCAAAAUAAAAACCAAACUGCAUCAAGCUGCUAGUUAUACCAUCUAACAUGUUGUUCAGCAUUUACUAUGCAAGAUACUGAGAUUUAAAGGCUGCCUAGUUUCAUUAAAAUCUUAUGUAUCACACCAAAAACAGAUUAAAUAACCAUGGAAAUAUUAAGAUAUAGGUAAUGACCAUAUAAACCGCUGCAAAUGCAGGAAGCAAAAUAAAUAUUCAGCUUUACUGAAUGCAGCUAUGCCCAGACUUAACAACAAUCUUCUAAACAAAGCAUCCUCUGCAGAGAGCAGAUGUUACUGCACUACUGUGAAGAGUGCACUUUCCUACAAUACAUACAAUGUAUUAAUAUACAUUAAUACCUAAAAAGAUUAAUAGUAUUCAAAUAUCCCAUUAAUUUUUAAUUAUGAGCCUAGAAAGCUUUUAGUAUAAAGUAGAACUAUCAAGAUUAUCCAUGGGGAUCUUUUCUUUAAGUGGUAUGCCUCUCAAGAUGACCACUAGCAAAAUCUUAGUUUCUUACCUGCUCUAGCUUGAAGGUCUCAGACAUUUGCCAUAAUACAAACUCAGUAUUGGAGUUUUGCACAAAAUUAAACUGACUGAUAAUUGGAAACUCAAGCUUUGAUUGGGUAUGAAAAUAAUUUCUCAUCAUUAAAACAAACAAGUUCUGCUUUAUGAAGUUCACACAAAUAACCCUGCCUUUUUUCCUGAAACACAAGUUUACUCGAAAUACUUCUCCAUCAACAUAAAGAACAGCAGAAGUCCAAAUGGUUUCAAAGCUAAGAUUAAAAGAAAGACUGUAUUAGUACAUUUUCCUCUGAUCUUUUACCUCAACAAAACUGCUUCAUAAACUAUUAGAUCUGCGGUCACAAGAGACAGAAUUCUACCUCUUUUAUCACUGACAGCACUACACCACAGCAAAAAUUCUCCAUGUACACUGUAUCAUUACCUUGCAUACAUAUUUGCAUUCUAUUGAAACAAGUCAACCUACUCAAUACAGGUUCUACUGGGCCCAUCCUAGAUGCUCCUACUUCUCCUGCAAAAACACCAACCAUUGUACCACCUAAACAGAAAAAAAAAUAAAGGGACAUAUGCUGAA